CCGGAACGGGCAGACAGACGGCGGUUGCCGUGACAACGCGACAGGCCCGGGCCGGUAAAGUGAGGGAGCGCCGCACUGCUGGAGGGCUCUGGCUGUUAGGCUUCGCUCUCCUUUCCAAUGGCUUAAGCUGCUGGGCGCGUUGGUGGAGAAGCCUGCAUCAAGCAUGGAGUAUGGGAGGGACGAGCUGGUUCCCGUCUGCCCUAACCCACUCUUCCUGCAGUGGCUGGUGGAGUGGCGAGACGCAGCGGCAGAAAGACAACACAAGUCUCAAAUCGUUUACGAGAAGGCCAUCCGAUCCCUGACCAUGUACCCCCUGCCACUGCGGAACGGGAGAGAGGCGAGGAUUCUCUACGGCUUCGGGGACGGAAUUUGUAAUCGCCUCGACGAGAAGCUGGCUGAAUACUACGCUGAGCACGGUAGAGAUGCCCCCAUUCAUUACGUGUGCGACCCAGUCCCCGUGAACGCAGCGUGGGCCGAGAGGAAGAAGGCACCCGGUGCCAGGUCACCGGCGAAGGCGGCGAGCUGCUGGGCGGCAGAGAGCGUGUCCGAGGAAGAGGACGCGGCCGAGCAGAGACCAUCCCCUUCCAAAAGAAGGCGUCAGGAGAACCGAGAGGAGCAAGAAUACAAGCCGCAGAAACGCUCGGGAGGGUAUGCGCUCCUACUGACCUUCUACAGAGAGGCCAAGAAACCGGGUUACCGAGGCUUCAUGACGAAGGGAGAACUGCAGAGGAAAGCCCAGCCCCUGUGCAGGAUAUCCUUCACUCACUUUAAAGCAAGUUACCGGUACAAUGCAUGGUCAUCUAUCAGCGCCUUAAUCCAGAAGGACCUCGUGAUAAAGACCGGUUUCCCAGCCAGAUUCACCCUGACCGAGAAAGGUCUGAAGCUGGGCGAGAAGCUGAACGCAGAGCACCUGGAGCAGGAGCGGCUGGAGGAGGUGCAGGGAGGGGCGGUGGGAACCGCUGAGCCCAUCCUCGUCGGGGAGUGUGAAGAGGACCAGCCCCCAGCGACCCCAGCUGCAGACAGAAGUGCCGUCCAGUUGCCGCCCUUCCCCACGGAGCCCGGCGAAGCACCGACCGGCAGACUGACAGACACCGUGCUGGGCACUGGGGCACCCGCAGAGACCCCGAGCACGACCACCUGCGCCCCCCGCCACCGGCAGCCCGCGUUCACACACGUCCCUGAGUUCACCCUCCGCCCCGGGGACUUCGACGUCGUCCUAUGCAUCGACUUCAUCGAAACAACGGCGGGAGCGAGUCACAGGAAGCGGGAACUGGUCACCGAGCUGCGGAAAAACAAAAUCAACUUCGAUGUUCGCAAGCUUCACGUCGGGGACUUCCUGUGGGUGGCCCGGGAGAGGCUGCAGCACUGUCCAGGGCAACCUCAGCCGGUUCGUGCCCGGGAGCUGGUCCUGGACUAUGUGGUGGAGAGGAAGAGGAUGGACGAUCUGUGCGGCAGCAUCGUGGACGGCCGUUUCCGGGAGCAGAAGUUUCGGAUGAAGCGCUGUGGACUGAGGAACCGCAUCUACCUGGUCGAGGACUGCAGCUUCGUCAAACACCUGAGCCUCCCCGAGAGCACGCUGCAACAGGCGAUCGUCAACACCCAGGUUGUGGACGGAUUUUUUGUCAAGCGGACCAAGGACGUGAAGGAGUCGGCCGCCUACCUCACGAUCAUGACCCGAUACCUGCAGAACCUGUACCUGCAAAAGACCCUGGUGAGCUGCAGGAAGGAGGAGCAAGUGGCGUGCAGCAAGGAGGAGACAGACUCCAACACCUGCAUCCUGCUCACCUUCAACGACUUCAACGAAGGAGCCAUGAAGAACAGGGCGCAGACUGUGAAGGAGGUCUUUGCUAAGCAGCUGAUGCAGAUCAAUGGUAUCAGUGGGGAGAAGGCCGUGGCCAUUCUGGGCCACUACGACUCCGUGGCCAGCCUGAUGAAAGCCUAUGAGGCGUGUCCGACGGCAUUGGGGCGGGAGAAGCUGCUGUCCAACAUCAAGUGUGGCAACACCCAGCGGAACCUGGGGCCAGCGCUGAGCAAGACGGUGUCACAGCUGUACUGCACCGAAGGACCCCUCUGCUGAGUCAGGCCCACGGUGGCACCAACCGCAGCAGGACCUCCCUUUGGAGGGACCCCACACCUCGACCCAUCGAGGGAACCCCUCCUGAGGAGCUGCUAUCAAUUGGAACCAAGUUCUUGCCCUCUCUCCCUCCCACCCCCUCCCCACCUCCCUCCUCCCCUCCAUCCCUACCUCCCUCCCACUCCAUCCCACCCCUCCCCUCCAUCCCAUCCUCCCUCCCAUUCCAUCCCUCCCCCCCUCCCCUCCUCCGCCACUUCCCGGAGAGAAGCCCGCGACUCCUUGGUGUGCAGGAUCUACGGACACAUUCCCUUGCAUCCUAUUUCUCUGCACGUUGCCUUGACCAGAGUUGGGCACUGAACUGCCCCCCGACUCCCCGAAGGAGCUGGAGAUUCGGGCAAGGAUUUUAGUCGAUAAAAGUGCCGCCGCACUUUGCUUACGGAAGACAGAAGCAGCCCGUCGCUUCACUGUUUGGGUGGAGCAACUUUUUUUUAACAAAAAUAUCACGAGUUGAAUGGAAGGCCUUCAUGUCGUUCUGGACGUGGACCAGAUUUUAAAGUAAACGAAUGGAUAUUUUGAUUCUGAGCGGCCAUCAAUGAAGAGCUUCAUCCUGAGCUACAAUGCUUGUCCUCACAGAUUCUGUGGGGUUUGUUCUGAGAAGGGAGACCGUCCCAUUCCCCGUCAGGAUCUCUCUCUCUCAACUUGCUGACUCUGUUCCCGAGGUUUCUGACUUUCCGAUUCCCGAGUCUCGCCGUCAUGCGGUCCCUGAAACUUGUUUACUGUUUAACUUCCUCUCCUCUCUCGCAGAGGUGUGGGCCGGGAUUUGGCGCUCUCCCCUGUGCAUCGUCAAGGCCGGCCUCCCUCUCGUUCCGAGGGAGCGGAGGGCAGUGAAAUCCGACCUCGCUCUCGGACUGAGGGCGGGAGAGCAGAGGGUGUCUCCGGACCCGGGAACGCCGGGGCCCCAGUGCUAGUGGCUGCUCACCCCGAUGCCUUCAGCAGGGGAGGACGCAGCUCAGGGAACUGCUGCCCGGCUCCACUGCGGACUGUCCGCGGGUACCCGCCGUCCACGUAGAUCCACGGCUUGUUCCAAACGUGGGUCGGUCUGGAGUGUGCAGGCAGCACUGGGGAGUUCUUGGCUUUGGUACCUAGUGUAAUGGCGAUGGUUCUGGGUGGGGGCGGAGGGCAGGCCAGACCCAUGGGUCACCUCCAGAACAGCCCCGGGGAGUUGUCCCUCUUCCACUGCCCCACAUUGACUGUGCUCCCUUUGCACUUCCAUCUUGCUCUUUGCUCCCCCCUCCCCCCCCUCCCCCCU